UUAUAUUGUAGUUAGAAUACUAGUGGCAUUCUUUUAAAUCUACAAAUCAUGAAAAGGUUAACCAAGUGAGAUAGGUAGGGAUACUAGUUGACUCCUUGGCGAAUAAGCACCUGUGGAUCAUUUUAUGUAUAAACACAAUAUGCUAAAAUUACAAUGUACAAGGCAUGUUUGUCCUGCCGUCCUUGACCAAGUGGGUUAAAAUGGCUCGUAACGUGGCAGUGACCUCCCUCCUCGUGGCUCUGUGCCUCGUAGCAGCAGUUGCUGGACACAGAAGUUACGGUUCUGGUGGACAUAGACCUCUUGGUGUCCACAGCAGUGUCCAUUCAUCUGCUGGUAUCCACGGAGGUGGCGCUCAUGGCCUAGGACUCGCAGGCUCUGGCAUCCACGGUGCUGGAUCCUUCAACCCCACUCAUUUCCCUGGUCUUGUGCCUGGUUUCGGCUUCCACCUCAACCAACCCGCAUCCGGUUACAACAACUGCAAGUACUGGUGCAAGAGUACCUAUACUAAACAGUACUAUUGCUGCCAACAGUCUUAUUAUGGUUAGAUUCAUUGUUCACUUUUGUAUUGACUGUGUUGUUGACGAACUGAUUUGUCUCUUAUGUUGACAAAAUCGUAUGCUGCCUCUUUAAAUAAAAUUAAUACAAUGUUUUUA